AGCCAAAUGGCCCAUGCGCUGCUGCGCUAACGGCUUGGCGCGCCCUCUUCCGUCAUGGUGCAUGGUGGGCUUUUGCAGAGCCUUGCCGGGCAGCAUGAUACGUCCUUUCUGCUGUUGCCCAGCCACAUCCGAGACGCUGGUGAGUCCUUGGCCAGCUGGAUGCACAACCAUCUCCCGCUGUCCAGCGGAUCUGCCGCUGAGGUGGAUGUCACAAAGAGUCCUGAGGUGCUAGCGGCCAAGAAACUCAGAGAGGGGGAGCUGCAGAGAGUCGUGGACUUCUAUGCGAAGGACUGUCCUCAUAGCCAGAAUCUGGACCCCAUCUGGAAGGCCGCGGAGAAGGAUUGGCAAUCAGCCAACCAUGUUGCCAAGCUCCAGUGGCAGCAGAAGGAAUGCUACGGCAGCGACUGGAAGGAGGGCAAGGAUUUCGAGGAGUGCCAGAAAGAGGGCAUCGAAUCCUUCCCCACCAUCAAGUACUACUACGGCAAGAAGGACCAGCUCGGGGAGGAGAUCCUUGAGCACAACGACAAGGACCGGCUGCUGGACUUCAUCGAGAGUCGGGCGGACCCGCAGGCCUGGGACAAGAAGACGGCGGCCUUCGGCCUGACCCCAGAGCAGGAGGACGCCGGGCUUUCUGCCUCCUGGGGGGAUGGGCAGUACAUGCAGCCGGCCACACGCUAUGGCGGCGGCAAGGUGGUAGACUACUUCUCCCAGGAUUGUGUGCACUGCCAGCAUUUGGAGCCCGUGUGGAAGAACGCCCAGCGCAUGUGGGGCGAGGACCACCCAGGUGCCGAGAACGUGACCUGGGAGCAGAAGGAGUGCUUCGGGCCUCGCUGGGAGCCGGGCAAAGACUUUGGGGAAUGCCAGGCCCAGGGUAUCCAUAGCUUCCCCACUGUGAGAUUUCACCCCUACAACUCCGACGACUUCGAGGACUUCACAGCGCAGCGCACCGCCAAGAACCUGGUGAACUUUGUGAACGAGCGCGCCCUGCCGCCCGAGGGCUGGGACGCGCAGGGCGCAGCGCCUGCGCAGGAAGCGGCGCCCGCGCCGGACGCGGCGCACGGCGCCGCUGAUGCGGCGGGCGCGGCGCCAGCGUCGAAGGCGAAACCGGCGGUGCACGACGACCUGCCGAAGGAGAAGGUGGUGGAGAAGGUGAAGGUGGUGGAGAAGGUCAAGCAGCCAGAUUCAAAGGCGGAGAAGCCCAAGGUCGACCUCAAGGGCCCUGAGCAAGCCGGCAUGGCGCUGCUGCCGGCGCUCUUGUCGGCUCCUCGGCGGCCAUCGCGCCGCGGGGAGCAGUUCCUGUAACGUCCAGACGCAAACUCCGAAGAAGAGCGAGAC